AUGAAACGUUUCAACACUCAAGGCUUGAAUGAUGACGAUCCUCCUCCUGUGCUUCGUCGGAGGCAAGGAACCUCCGGAACUUGGCUAGUGGAAGAAGAAACACCAAAGCUAAUUGCUCAAUUCUUGGAUGGCUAUUAUCGAGCCCAUUUUUUCACACUUGCCGACAAAGCCCAAGCUCUCAUAGAAGCAGAAUUGGAAGACCUGACGGACUCCAGCGGGCAAGAAGUCCAAGCCAAAGUGACCAGUCGCACAAAGACCAAGAAAAGUCUUGAGGAGAAGCUAAAGAUGAGGAACAAAGAAGAGCCGUAUGAAUCCAUCGAAUCCAUUUGGAAGGAUAUACAUGACCUGGCCGGAGUACGGAUUAUUCUCUACACACCCACAGAGAGGCAACACAAGAAAGUGGGAGAAAUGAUCAGAUCGAUCUGGAAGAACAAUGUGCAGCUAAUACUACAUGACGGUUCAGGAGAAUCGUCCACAAUCAAUGGCUUCUCUUCCGAACCUGAGCAGAAUUUGGUUUCCACGACAGACGCACAUCACAAUGAGAGGAGGAAAGCUUACAGGCGAAGACACCGUGGGUAUCAAGCACUGCACUACCGCGUCACAAUGACAGAGAAGCAUCAAAGUGGUACAAAGACGAAACCAUCUUAUGAGUGGUCAAAGCAUGACAGGGUUGAGAUACAGGUCGUUUCAGCACUCGUACAUGCCUGGGCGGAGGUAGGACACGAUGUAUUGUACAAGACAUACGCAUACGGACCUCCAGAUACACAGGAAGAGCGUAUAUUAGACUCACUCAGCGGUCUGGUCUCAACGGGCGAUAUCCUCCUGGAGCAGUUCGGAGAGUUGGUGAACAAACGAACCCGUGCAAAGAUUCUGCACCUAUACGACUUUGGAACCUUCCUUCGAGGCUUGGAUAUUCUACAAAGUCCCAAGGAACAACAGGAAGGGUCUUACGCAGAUUUUGGACCCGAAGGAACCAAUAUUCUUUUCCGUUACCUCGUCAACAGCAACCAGAAUGUGCCUCUCAUUGUGCGUAGAGCUCUGAAGGAUAUAGGCUAUCCGAAAGCACCUAGAUUAAGGGAUAUCCUAGUUUCUUUCGAGCCUAUGCUCGAGCCACCACAGAAACUUCUUGCACCUUUGUGUCUCAUCCGCCAUAUGCUUCUGGAGGAAGAGGAAAAGAACAAGCAACAAGAGGACCAACAACAGGGAGAGAGAACCCCACAGAAGCAAAUCAUGCUGAAAGAAUACCGACUUUCCCAGCAAUGUUCCAUCAUGGUCGAAGCGCUGACGCUCCUCCAAGUCUUCGCUGGCGGUCCUGAAGAGGCAAAAGCAUUCUUGGAAGAAGACAUCAACUUGGACAAGACGGAAAUUAAAAGUUUGAAUUUUGUGCUUUCCAAUUUCAGGCGUACAAGUUGUAUGACGGAAGACACUGAUGAUAUCCAAAAGAAGAUUGGGUUUCAACUGCAGCCAGCAUGGGAUUGGUUCCAAGAGCAGGUGACGGACCAGCAAUCAAUGUGCGGCUUUUGCUUCCAGCUUGCAGAGAUGGAUGUGAUCAAGAAUGUCAUCGAAGAGGCCACCAAAGAAGCUGACGUACGUGCACGGCUGAGAGCAUUGAAUAUCGGCGCGUUAUCAAGAAAUUGA